AGAAUCAAGAAUAACCAUAAAAGAUGUAGUCAAGAGGCUUAACAAAAUCAAGAACACAUUUCUGAAAACAUAAAAGUUAGCAUCUUUUCUGAUGGUGUUCUUUUCUGAGCUGCAAAUUAAUAUGUUACCUUUUGUUUGCCUGGUUUCUUCUGUAAAGUUGUUGUAUACUACUACCUGGAGUCAUGUACUAUUUGUACUUCAGAGUGUUGCAUUUCCCUCAUUUUGUGAUUUCAGAUUUAAGUAGUUUUGAACCUGAUUCACUUUCUUUAUUUGUAGCUAUAUUUUCACUUUUGCUUUCUGUUUGCAUGCUUAAGUUGCUCCAUAUAUCCUGUAAUUUUAGUAUCCAAUACAGGCAGAGUGAAUGAACUGUUGAUAUGUAUACAUAUCGGCAGAAGGACGAUAACCAAAUAAAAUAUUCUACUAAGAAUUAUGUAAUUGAGUUUCAA